AAGCACAGAUCACAAGCCUCCCAGUAUAUAAAACUCAGCUUUCCACCUCACUGCCUCAGCCUUGAAUUCCGAUUGAUCCUUUCUUUUUCUUUCUAGAUGCAGACCAAAACCAAGAGGAAACGAUUGAGUCGCGGUGGUCGCUGGACGGAAGAAGAGCGACUUCAGCUGGUGCGGCUGCGUGAUCGUAAUAAGCAUCUGGCUUGGGAUCAGUUUCAGAAGAUAUACUUUCCGCGACGGUCCUAUAUGGCUCUGACGAAGGCUUAUUCGGAUAUGAAAUUGAAACGACAUCCAAGGGACAACACAAUGACCAAUCAUACUAGCAAUGAGACGAUGCUGCCACCCAAGACCAACAGGCCAAACAAACGACCAAUUACUGACGAGCGCUCUGUCAAUGAACGAGCCAAUAAACAAGCUAAGACAGCCGAGAGAGAUCCGAGCUAUGUGCCUGAGGAAGACGGCGAAGGUUCGCAAUUUUCGGAGGGCGAAGAUAUUGCUCAUGAUAGCUCGUUGAGCCCUGUGCAUGGUCGAACGAGAAGUUCGGCGAACUCCUUGGCAAAGAUUAGAGCCCAAAACGUCGCGAUACGGCCAAUAUCUCAAAAUCCCAGGAAUACCACGAGCUUACAGACAGGUGCAUCAGAUAAGGCAGCUUCGGAGUCCCCUAGCCGGGCUAGACCAACUAGGGGCCCUGAGAGGAUUCUAGGCUCUGUUCGCGAUAGAAAUCCUGUGUCGACCACUACAGCGAUGCAAAGUAUCAGCCCGCCCAAAGCCAAUCCUAGCGAUCCCCCUUCUAAAGCUUCGCAGCCGGGAAGGGCCACUUCGCAAAUAGAAAGCCUGGAUUCGGGCACCACACACGACCUAUUUUCCAGCCUUGUGAAAUCUAUUGCUGAUCAUAGAAAAUCGUAUGAAUUGUUGCCAAAAUUCCCUGAGAGGCAAGGGAGUGAGCUCAUUACGUGGAGUCUUCUCGGCAUGAUCUCUGAUGCUCUUUCUUAUCCGUCAGCUCAGCUACGUAAUGAAAAGCAAACACGAGAGCUUCAGGAAUUCAGGUCUGAGAUCGACACACGUAAAAAGGGCCAAAAAUCCUUGGAGGCAGAGUUAUCGAAGGCCAAGGCAGAGCUAUCGAAAGCCAGGGGCGAGACAGCUAAAUUAGAACAACAAAUCAAGUCAACUCAAUCUCAGGGUUGCAAAGAAUGUCGCCGACUGCAAGAGCGAAAUACGACUCUGGAAGAGAAGCUCAGCCUUUUUAAGCGCGUGAGUAGGCAACUUCUCUCUGGCUCAGAAGAGAAACAGCCCCCUCCUGGCUCGUCGACGUCUACCACAGCGAUAUCUGGUUGACAGGAAGCUGAAGCAGCUGUUGUUAACCUAUUUUAGUUCAGGUGUACUGUGUGGUCACUGUAUUGUUUGAGUGCUCUGUUUGAUCGCUUCAUAGCGAAGGAUGUGUGUGCGAAUGGCAACCCUGACUUACCACAUUGCAAAUGACAUACCAUAGAUACAUAUAUAACACAA